AUGGCGUCUGGCACCUUGACCCCCUUCGUCUCCGUCUUCGUGGUGCUCAUGGUGGUUGGAGGGGUGGGCAACGUUGGCCUCUUGGUGAGCGUCAGAGGGGACCACGCCAGGGCACCGCUGCAGCAGCUACUGCUGCUGCCCGACCUCGUGGUCGUCCACCUCGGCGUGGCGUGCCUCCUGCACGCGCUCAGCGGAGGCGUCUCCCUCCUCGUCACCGCCAACGUCUGCUGCCAGGAGCUGGCCGACGGCUUCUGUGGGACCAUCAACUUCUUGAUCAGGUACGGCUCCACGUUGGGUGGCUGGUUCACGCUGCUGCUCAGUCUCUACCGCUACGCGAAGCUGCGCACGCUGGACCGACCCUCGCUGGCGGUGACGCGACUCGAGGGUGCCACGUGGCCUCGCCGCUGCUGCUCGCUACUCUGGGCCGCGAUCGCCCUCGUCCACUCGCCCACGGUUUGGUCGGCGAUCUCCGCUGGGAGUUCCUCCUACACCGCCACCACCGCCAUGUCCAGUGCCUCCACCAACGUGGUGAACUACGUCUUCGUGUGGCUCCCCGUGGUCCUCAUGCUGCUGAGCAACACGCAGAUGGUGCGGCAGCUGUGGAGGCACCGACGCUCCGUGGACGCGGAGUCGAACCUGGGAGCGGCGGUGGGGAGCGGACGGGCGCGCGCCUGCGUGCAAGCGGCAAAGGUCGUGACCUGGGUGGUGCUACUCACCGUCGCUGUCUACGUGGGGUGCAAGGGCGCCAUCGGCGCGGGUCUGGCCGCCUCGUUCGUCCGCGGCAGCGCCGCACCGCCGCUGCCGGGCGUGUCGCUCUUCAUGUCCAUCUCGGGCCCCCUCUUCCCGGCGCUGUGCCCCUGCCUCAUCCUCGCCGGGGACUCCAAGAAGAGGGAGGCGCUGCUCGAGGCGCUGCGCCGGGCGCUGCGCGUCGCGCCGAGGAGGAACCAGGAGGAGCGGCGGGGUGCUGGCGAGGACUGA